GAGACAUAAUGAUAUUCCUGCCAUUGUUGUUCAUAUUAGAAGAAGAAAACUUCUAUAAGUCCUAAAAUAUAAAGAGAGAGAAAAUAUUGAUUUUACCAAGACUAGAAGUUUGUAUUUUUCUACAGACAUUCUUGGAAAUUGUACUAGUUUUGGUGACCCUUUAACAACUUGAUUGCUGACCAUUUCUCCAAUCACGCACUACAAGCCAAAACCAACAUUCUUAUUUAAAGGUCAAUAUAUCUUUCCAUGUUGUAUUAAUUAGUACAGCAAAGUGAGUUCACUUUUUCUUAAGAAAAAAAAGAAGUGAUCUUUGGGUUAAUAAGUUCUGCUAAAGAUGAAAUUUGGGAAAGAAUUUGCUUCCCAAAUGGUCCAUGAAUGGCAAGAAGCCUACAUGGAUUAUAACUAUCUAAAGAGUAUUUUGAAAGACAUCUUGAAUUUCAAGAAGAGAAAUGCACCAUCAUCAGAAGUUGCAGCCACCUCAAAUGGCUCAUUAAAGAGAAGGAUAUCUAUGUACAGAGCAUUUAGUGGAUUACAAGCUUUUAGUUUCAAGGGUUCUCCUGUGAAUAAUAACCAUGAAGAUGAAGUUAUUUUAGUGAACACAGUUCAGCAAGAAGGGUCAGAAGGACACCAUCAAACUAUGUUUCUCAUGUCAUCUGAACAAGGUGGAGAAUACGAGAUGGUUUUCUUUAAAAGACUUGACGAUGAAUUCAACAAGGUGUUGAGUUUUUACAAGAAAAAAGUAGGACAAGUGAAGGCUGAGGCUGAUGAGUUGAGUAAACAAAUGGAUGCACUUAUUGCUCUAAGGAUUAUGGUUGAUAAACCUUCAAUUGAAAUGCAUAGUACACAAGUUAUUGAUCCUUCAUCAGUGGUUCCUAUCCAUCUGAGAAGUCCAGUAAGGUCACAUAUGGAAGUAAUUCAAGAAGUUGAGAUGACUAGUGAAGAAACUCUGGAAGAUGAAUCAACAUCAGGGAAAAGAAAUUCAACAAAGAUGAAUCCCAUGGGCUUUAGGCCUGCUCCAUUAGAGGUUUUGGACAAUGUAAAAAUCAAUAUAGAACCUGCAACACCUGUUUCAACUUUGAAAAACAUGAUCAAGACUUCAAAAUCUGACUUAUCAUACAGCAAAGAAGAGCUCAGAAAAGCUGAAGAACAAAUAAGAAGGGCUUUUGUUGAGUUUUAUCAAAAGCUUCGACUGCUAAAAAGCUACAGUUUCUUAAAUGUGUUGGCAUUUUCUAAGAUCAUGAAGAAGUAUGAUAAGAUUACUUCAAGGAAAGCUUCUAAAUCAUACUUAGAGAUGAUUGAUAAAUCUUACCUUGGUAGCUCAGAUGAGGUUGCUAAGCUCGUAGAAAGAGUGGAGGCCACUUUCAUAAAACAUUUUGUCAAUGGAAAUCGAAGGAAAGGAAUGAAAUAUUUAAGGCCACAAGCUAAAAGGGAAACACAUCGAGUAACAUUUUUCAUGGGUUUGUUCUCUGGCUGCUCAAUAGCAUUAGUAGCAGCCAUUGUUGUAUCUAUACGUGCAGGAAACCUUCUACAGCACGAGGGCCGUGGGCAGUAUAUGGAUAACAUAUUUCCACUCUACAGUCUAUUUGGAUACAUUGUCCUCCAUAUGCUCAUGUAUGCGGGGAACGUAUACUACUGGAGGCGUUUUCGGGUCAAUUAUCCUUUCAUAUUUGGAUUCAAGCAGGGAACUGAGCUAGGUUACAGACAAGUUCUCCUCCUUGCUUCUGGUCUUUCAUUACUUGCAUUGGCUGCUGCACUCUCCCACCUGGAUAUGGAUAUGGAUCCGAAAACACGAAAAUUUGAAACAGUAACUGAGUUGAUCCCACUUGGCCUGGUGAUUGUUCUGCUUCUAAUAGUUUUUUGUCCUCUGAACAUCAUAUAUCGUUCAAGUCGUUUCUUCCUUUUAAGAACUGCCUGGCACUGUAUAUGCGCUCCCCUUUAUAAGGUUACUCUACCAGAUUUCCUCUUGGCAGAUCAACUUACCAGCCAGGUUCAGGCAAUUAGGAGUUUGCAAUUCUAUGUCUGCUACUAUGUGUGGGGCAACUUCAGAACAAGAUCAAAUAAAUGUCAAGAAAGCAGUGUUUAUCAAAUCUUAUACAUAGUGGUGGCGAUUAUUCCCUUUUGGUCUCGGUUUAUUCAGUGUCUUCGGCGUUUAUUUGAAGAGAAAGAUUCGAUGCAGGGGCUUAAUGCCCUCAAAUAUUUCUCAACCAUUGUCGCUCUUGUAAUGAGGACACUAUAUGAUCAGAAGAGAGGAACCUUUUGGAGAGUAAUGGCAGCAUCAACAUCUGGAAUUACUACAGUUGCAAACACUUACUGGGACCUUGUCAUCGAUUGGGGUCUGUUGCAAAGGAAUUCAAGAAACCGUUGGUUGAGAGACAAGCUACUCGUGCCGCACAAGAUAGUCUACUUUGUUGCCAUUGUUCUUGACAUUAUUCUGAGAUUCGUAUGGAUGCAGUUGGUUCUAGAUAUUCGAGAACUGCCAUUUCUGCACAGAAAAGCUUUCGUUGCAGUUGUUGCCUGCUUGGAAAUCCUUCGCAGAGGCAUUUGGAACUUUUUCAGGUUGGAAAAUGAGCACUUGAAUAAUGUUGGAAAAUACCGUGCCUUCAAGUCUGUACCUCUGCCAUUUAACUACGAUGAGGACAAGAGUCAAUAACUAUGUUUAGCUGAUACCAGGAAAUCAAAGGAAUCCAGAGUACUCAAUACUCGAAAUGAUUUUGCUGUUUCUUGUACUAUUCUUUGAUUCAUUUGCCAAUGGUGUUUGUAAUAGUAGUUUUGUUUGUAAAAUUAUACGGUUAAUGUAUAGGACAAAAAACAAGUUGAUCCAGCCUCUUGAUUAAGGUGUGCUAUUAUGAAUGCAACUCAAGCGUUUUCUUAGGCCCA